ACAAUUAUUAUAUAUUUUUACGAAUUUGAGGUGUUUUAGUUUAGGAAUUUGCUGUAUAUUAGCAGACAAAAAUAAAUUAACAUGUUGAAAAUUAUUGUAAUUUGCUUCACGUUUUACGUGGGAAUACAUGGACAAGAUGGUGGUAAUUUGAAUUCCGUGCUGGCAGGUCUAUUCAAUAACCCACAAAGCGAUCAACAAGAUACAUCUACGCCUCAGUCAGGAUUGCAACUUGGAUCCGUUGUUGGUUCUACUCAACAAAAUGAAGAGCCAAAACUACCUGAAGGAGAAGGCACUUUUGAGUGGUCAGGCUGGGGACAGUGGUCCAAUUGUAGAGUAACUUGUGGAGAGGGAGAACGCCUCCGACAACGUGUAUGUUAUUUUUACCCGGAAAAAGAAAAAUCCGGUUCUAGUUCAUCAUCUGGUGGAUUAUUUGGAGGUUUGGGUAACAUGUUUGGAGGUGAAAACGGAAUAGGUAGCGUACCAUCUGAUAUCCUUCAGCUUCUCGGCGAUAGUGGCGGUGGUGGCGGCCUUUCCAACAUCUUGCUAAUGUCUAGUCUUAUGGGAGGAGGCGGCGCAGGGGGUGGGCUUUUUGGGGGAGGACUUUUUGGUGGAGGAAACACAGAAAACGAGGAAAAGGAGGAAAAAACGAGUUCAAAAGAACGUGGAUGCCCCGGUCCGAGGAUCGAUAGCAUAAAAUGUUUCGGAAAUCCUUGCCCUGCUGUUGUCGGCAAACCAAUAGAAAUAAAACCCAUCGAUACAUCUUCAUGUCUGGGUGAGUGGGGUUCGUAUGGACAAUGUACUUCUACUUGUGGAAGAGCAAUUCAAAUCAGAGCUCGAAAAUGCAGCUGCAAAGAUCAAAGUAAUAAUCUCUCCUGUAACGAACCGAUGACAGAUUCAAGGCCAUGUCUCGAUAAUCCAAGUUGCGUGGUCGUUACGACGCCUCCUCCAACAACUGAAACAAUCACAAAAGAAACCACAACUUCUCCUGCGCCUGCUGGUAAAUGGUCACCUUGGGGAGAUUGGACCGGAUGUCGUGACAUCGCCUGUGGAAUUGAAAUUUCCGAAUCAAGAUAUAGAGGAUGUAUUGGAUCCUGUACAGGAGAGUUUACAGAAUCUAGGCCGUGCCCUGUUACACCUUGUUCAGUUUCAGUUCCCAAGUGGAGCGAAUGGGGUCCUUUUAGUAAAUGUUCAGAAACAUGUGGACCGGGAACAAAGAUUCGAUUCAGGGCAUGUGACGAAACCGACAAAUGUGAGGGGGAACCUUUUGAAAUGCAAUCAUGCGAGGAAACAGAAUGUCCGAAGAAAAUAGAAGCAAAUUGGGGAGAAUGGGGUGAUUUCAGUGUUUGUACAACAGCCUGUGGUACUGGACAAAAAUAUAGAUAUCGCUCAUGCAACGGGCCUGGUGAAUGUACUGGGCGUACAGUAGACAUAGCACCAUGUCUGGACAAUCCACCAUGUGCUGCUGCUACUCCUUCUACGAGGUGGAGCGAUUGGGGGGAGUAUACUUUAUGUACAACAACAUGCGGAAUUGGAACAAAGAGUAGAACACGUUUUUGCAUUACUGGAACAUGCGAAGGAGACACGAUUGAAACUAUUGAUUGUGAAAUUGAACCCUGCAAAGUGAUUACAGAACAACCCGAACCUACUGGAGUGUUUUGGGGCGAUUACAGUUCGUGGGGAGUCUGCAAGCGUAAUUAUAAUGGAGAUGGCUGUACCCAAGAAAGGUAUCGGGCUUGCAUCGGUGGAGCAACAUGUAAUGGAUCGUUCUUUGACCGCAGAAGUUGUACAUCCGGAGAAUGUAGUCUCCCUAAUUUGCAGCCAACUGUUAUCACAACAACUCCUCCGGACCAGAAAGUUUGCGACGCUACUUCAACUCAAUUUCGGCAAGAUUGUGGUUUCCCGGGAAUUACGAGAGACCAAUGCUGGGCUAAAGGAUGCUGCUACAGCGACCAAUAUCAAAAUCUACCAUGGUGCUUCUAUGAUUCUGUUACUGGGAAUCAACAAAAUACAGGAAUACUCUUAUUAGGCCCGUCACAAGAAAUCGGAUCUCCAGUCUUGGUAAUGCCAAAAUCUGAGGAAAGCUAGAUUUGAAUUCCGAGUGUACAACGGUCGCAUUAAAUCGCAGAUUAUUUCAUCAGUACAGAGCAUCGUCACUCCUACCCUGCCAUUUACCGUGUAAUAGAUAUAUGCAUAACAAGUAAACAUGGAUAAAAUGUAUGCUUCAUAAUGUCAUGUUGUAUUUUAUUAAUAAAGUUGUAAAAUUCGUUA